AUGAAGCAUUACGCUUUCUUAUGGACUGAUGGCUCACAAUUUGAUUUCGACGCUCCCUUCUUCGACGAUAACUUCAACAUCACUGGAGCUUGCAUUAAGAUCAACUCCGAUAGAAAUGGCUGUCCAAAAGGCUGGACUCAAUUCAACUCUCGCUGUUUCCUCUACCAAGAUGAAGAAAGGCAGUUUGCAGAUGCAGAAAGCAUCUGCAACAUCCUUCAUGGAAACCUGGCCUCGGUCCACAGUGCUUUGGAAUAUGCAGUAGUUCUUGAAUUAGUUCGGGCAAGCUCUGACUCUGAUGGUGAUGUUUGGCUUGGACUACAUGAGGCAAUAGAGGAUGGUAACUUCAUGUGGACUGAUGGCACAGAAGUUGAUUUCACUGCCUUCAAUGGUGACGACGAUCCUGGAGAUUGUAUUGAGCUGGAAUUCAGUGAUGGUCUCUGGGACAAUGACAACUGUUAUGACACGAACAGAUUUGUUUGUGCCAGAGAUGCUGAAUGCGACUACUGA